UUUAUUCUUCUUUCUUCAGCUAUUUUUUCUUUCUACAGCUUUUUAAUGCGUCAUCAACAACAUGUCCUUCUACAGCGAUAAUAAGACGGCCGUUGACGACGACGAACGUUCUCCUUUGCUUCCCACCAAAACAUGUUGUUCUAGUACUAGUCCUUACUGUUGCUCAUCAGGAACAAAUGAUCCCAAAGGCAAACAAUGUGCUUCGAAUGGCGAUGACGAUUAUUGCCAUUUAGCGAAUCAGCCGUGGAAAUACAAAGCAGUUGCUCUUACAUGCGCUAUUUUUCUGGCUGGUAAAUAAUAACAACAAUCCUUUACAACUAGUACUACUUUUACAACCACUACAAAUCAGAAGAUCCUCGUAAACGAUAUAUACGCAUCAUCCUUUUCUAAAACGCAACACACAUGUUUAUAUGUGUAGUGGGUAGCCAUUUUGCCGCACAUACGCUCGGUGCAAUGAAAUCAACCGUUAAGGAGGAGUUUGGUAUCACCAACUCACAAUAUGGCGUGCUCCAGUCAAGUGUAUCCAUCGUAAACACAAUUUUACCUGUCAUAGGCGGCAUCUUUCUUGACGCGUUUGGCACUAGCACCGGCUCGAUCUUGACCACUGUGCUUAUUACUGUUGGAAACAUCUUGGUGGCUGCAUCCACCCACAAUGCGAGUCUGUCAACCAUGAUUGUUGGACGUAUCAUGUACGGCAUCGGUAGUGGCACUGUGGUGAUCGUUCAAGAGACCAUCUUGAGCCAAUGGUUCAAGGGUCGUAAUCUGGCCGGUGUAGUGGCUCUGAUGAUGACGACGAGCCGUUUGGCCUCUUUCCUGGCACAAGCAACGGUGGUUCCGAUCGCCAAUUUCACUGGCUGGUACGGUUAUGGCUUUUGGUUCUCUGCAAUUUUGUGCGUCUUUUCGCUCGUGAUCAAUUUGGUCUACAUAAUGCUCAUGCGAUCCAUCAUUUCAGGCACAUGCCAACAAGGUGCUCAAGCGCUUCGCCGCAAGAAAACAUUCAGCUGGUCUAAGCUCUUGUACUUGCCUCAUGCUUAUUGGCUUAUUGCUAUCAUGGAGUUCUUAUUAGGGGGUGCUUGGGGAUGUUUCUUGCAUAUCAACAGCGAGUUUGUCAAGCUCAAAUUUGGCUACGAUAAUGCAAAGGCUGCUGCUACAGCUAGCGUUGCACAACUCCUGCCUAUCUUUUUGAUGCCUUUGCUGGGUAUCUGUGUCGACCGAUUUGGCAAACGUACAUGGAUGAUGCUCGCAAGCGGUAUCACCUUCUUAGCAUGCUUUAUGCUAUUAGGUUUUACCUAUUUGAACCCUAUCAUUGGCAUGCUUCUUUUCAGCGUCAGUUUGGCCCUGGGCCCCGUAGGUCUUGUGUCUUCAGUCCCCGUCAUUCUUCCACUGUCACUUGUUGGCACGGGCAUGGGCCUGAUCAAGUCAGGCACAAACAUUGGUGCCUCUCUAUUUGAUAUCGCUACCGGCUUGUUGCAAGACAAGGAUGCACAUCAAGGCUACAGCGGCGUGAUUGACUUUUUCAUCAUUAUCGGUAUCUUUGCCGUGUUUGCUGGAUUAGUCUUGUGCGUUCUUGAUUGGACCAUCUAUGGCUCUUUGCUUGACCGCAGUGCACAAGAGGCAAGACGAUUGGAGGCCACUGAAAACAAGGUCGACACGUCUGCUGUUCAAGAGAAAUUAUGGGCCAACUGGAUUUAUGGUGGCAUUUAUCUUGGCCUUGCAGCUUUGAGUUGGGUCCUGUUUUUCAAGUUUGUAUUAGUAUAUUGAGUAUAUAUUCUUCUCCGCUUUUGCAGUACAAGCGACUCUAUCUUUUCCUUUUAAUCAUACCCUUACAACAUAGCCCUUUCCUUUGUUUUUUUUUAUAAAAAAAGCCCUCUUUUACACCCGCACAUCCCAAACCAUUACACCUAUUGUGCUUUUGUAUUUAACCCUUUGUGUAAAUCAAACAAUAUAUAAACUUUUUAUAACAGCU